GCCAAUCAGAACUCCCGGUUCCCUAAAAGCCUUCACACAACAGCCUACCCCCCGAGUCCAGGUAAUUUGCAGCCCGCCAGGUCCCUUAGUCUUUCAAAAUAACCUAGACACCGCAACUUAGAGCCGGAUUAGGCUAGUGCAGUUUUUACCCGUAACGAGAAGCCGCAUUUCGCCAACUUGACUGGUGCGAUCGCAGCCCUGAACCACACGGUCGCUUACCGGAGACUCAGGCCGGCUAGCCGGCAGCGAAAGGCACACUAGACGGUAGCCGGCGGCAUAAUACUUCUCUAUACGAAAUAACCAAUCGUCGCGGUAGACGAUGGCGCGGCAAGUGUCUCGCGAUCGGCGAGCAUCCGACAAGGACGAAAAGACGCAGGAGGGGAAGGCGUCAGGGUCCGAUUCGAAACGGCGGCAAAGAGCGGACGGGCGGCGGUACGAGCAGGAGAUCCCCCCUUUGGGGAAGAUCGUGGUGGUGUUCCUCGUGACGGCGCUUUUUGCCGCGCUGUGCGUUGCGGUCGUGUAUUUCACACAAGACCGCAUGGUCAAUGCGGUGGCGUUACAAGGUUACAAUCUGCACAUGCUGUACAACAACUACACAGCAGCUGCCAAGAAAGGAAUCAAUAGAAUUCUUGGGCUGCCCAUGCCAGAGUGAUCGUCAUGGCCGUACAUUGUAUGUCGCACUCCUAACUCUUUAGAAUGGUUCAUCACGUUUUAGGAUGGAUAUAGUAGCUAUGUAUGUGUGCAAAGGCUUUCAAAUUAGUGUAGGUAGGUGGUAGUCCUUUUACUAAUCAGCCCUAAUCAGCCUGAUUUGUGCUCUCCUUUCAGACACACUUAGGGCAAAUUCCUAUGGCCUCACGGUGUGAAUGCACGUGGAUUUGGAUUGUUCAGUAGGAUGAAGCUGCAGCUAUUAGUAAGAGCUGAGGAUAUGGAGGCUAGGUGUACGAA